CAUGAUGUUUUCCUACUGACGUGUCGUAUUUUAGGCUAUGGUAGAGGAAAAACCAAACACAGCGUUUGGUUUUCAUGCACCUUCUUUGUCCAGCAGGUAUUAACAACAGGAGGAAUAAUGUCAGAGCCCAGCAAGCAAGAUAUUUCUGUCAUUUUUAAGCGACUGCGCUCCAUUCCUACGAACAAGGUUUGCUUUGACUGCUCAGCUAAAAACCCCAGCUGGGCUAGCAUCACCUAUGGUGUAUUUCUAUGUAUAGAUUGCUCUGGGACACACAGGUCUCUGGGGGUGCACCUGUCCUUUAUCAGGUCUACUGAACUGGAUUUUAAUUGGUCGUGGUUCCAGUUAAGAUGCAUGCAAGUGGGAGGCAACGCCAGUGCGAUUGGAUUUUUCAAUCAGCACGGCUGCACAGUUAGUGCUGCAAAUGCCAAGUACAACAGCCGAGCCGCUCAGCUGUACAGAGAGAAAAUUAAGACUUUAGCCACUCAAGCCACCAGACGCCACGGCACUGAGUUAUGGCUCGACAGUCAGGCUCCUCUCUCACCAACAUCACCAGAGGACAAGCAGGUGGAUUUCUUCAGUCUGCACUCACAGGCUCUUCCUGAAGACAUGACCAAAAUGACUUUUGGCUCCGCCACGUCAGAGAAGUCUUUAAAAGAGGAAGAGAAAAAUGGUAAUCUGGAGGAGGGUCCCAGUGUGGAAAUGCUGAGUGUUUCUCCAAAAGCAAAUCCAGAGCCUUCUUCUCUUCUCAAGAAGAAGCCAGCUGCCACCAAGAAAACUUUGGCGUCUAAGAAGGGCGGUCUGGGCGCUCAGAAGGUUAGCAAUCAGAGUUUCUCAGAGCUGGAGAAGAAAGCUCAAGCUGCCGACAAGCUCAGAGAGAGAGAAGACGGCACUGCUGGUGCCUCCAAGAAAACUGUUCAACCCGAGGAAUCCAUCGCUCCGUCCUUGCGACUCACAUAUAAAGACCUGGAGCAGCAGAGGAAAAUUGAGGAGCAGAAGUUCAAGGGGUUAGAGGGGAAGAAGAAGGAGCAAGCUGAGAGACUGGGCAUGGGUCUCGGCAUGAGGAGCGGAGUGUCUCACUCAGUGACAUCGGACAUGCACAUCAUCCAGCAGGAGAGUCCACUGGCGGCCAAGACUAGCAAAGGACGUCGGUUCACUGAGGAUGAGGAUGAUGAGGGGUCCUUUAGCUCCAGGAUCUUGCACCGGUUGGAGGAUCAGACCGACACCUCAGAUCAUUUCUCCUCUCGGUGGGGUGAUGGAGGCGACGGAGGAGGCUGGCUGAAGGAGAGCAAGAAACCAGAGCCGGAUUUCUUUUUGAGCUCCACUAUAACAUCACUUGAUGACAGGCCCACAUCGAGGAGGAAACCAGAACCAGUCUCAGACACAGGAGAAGCUCGCAAAAAGUUUGGAACUGACGUCAAAGCUAUUUCUUCUGACAUGUACUUUGGGAAACAAGACAACUCUGAGUAUGAGGCCAAAACACGACUGGAGAGAUUUUCUGGGAGCUCCGCUAUAAGUUCAGCAGACCUGUUUGAGGAUCCAAAGAAACAGGCCGCGAGUUCGUACCGUCUGUCCAACGUGCUGCCCAACGCUCCUGACAUGUCACAGCUCAAACUUGGGGUGCGCUCAGUCGCGGGAAAACUCUCCGUCAUGGCCAGCGGCGUCGUUAGCUCAAUCCAGGAUCACUACAGUUCCUGAGUGACGACGUGUCUCCUCUUGGAUUCAGUGUCACUAGUCGUCCUCUUCCUCAUGUGGAGAUAGAGGAUGAAGAUAUGAGCAAAUCUGCUGUAUGACGCAUCAGAAUUUACCCCAAAAUAACCCUGUAUACAUCCAUAUCUAUUUUUUUUAUUAGAUUAUGUAUAUACAGCAGUUAGUUGUAUGAAUCAAGAUGACCGAAGCACAAUAUUAUCAGUGGCAUUAUGUUCCACUGCAGGCGUCUUGAAGGGAGAUUUCUGUGUAUAGUACAGUCAUGGAAAAAUAUGUAGUUUGCAUUAUAUUACUUAGUUUGCUUUGAGGUCUUUGAGGGUUUAAAUAUUUAGAAAUACUGUAAGUAGCCGUCUGAGAAGGGUUCUGCUUCUUGUGAAGGUGGGAUUUGCUUUUUGACUCCUUUAGUCGAUGAGGUCAAAACUUGAGCAGCGGAGACAACUGUGCUUUAAGUACUUAAUUGGUGAACGCACUAUAGCUCAUCACGUGCACUCUGUAGUGUUGUCUUCUGCUUUUUUUUUUUUUUUUACCUUGCACAUUCCCACCUGUUUGAAAGUGUCCUUUCUGUCCCCAAAGUGCACUUAUAUUUGCUCCUCCACAGACAGGACCAAAAAAACUGAUAAUGAGGCCUUAGGGGACCACAGAUCUUUUUAUUUUUUCUCAGUUGCGUUUACUAUCAGUUACAUUAAAUAAUAUUGGCCUCAUUAGCACAUAAGCUUCUCUUAAGCUCUCUUUUCAUAAGCUUAUCCUGCAAGUUUUUUUUUUUUUUUUUUUUUUUGGGACCAUAUGUCUGUAGCUAAAAAUGACAAGAUGAUAUGGAGCGUAAGCAGCUAUAAAAUACUAAAUUUGAAAUGAUAGUUCAACAUUUUGUAAAAUGAGCUUAUUUGCUUUUUUGCUGAGAGUUAGAUGAGAAGAUUGAUAUCAUCUGUCCUUUUCAAUUUGUAGCUACAGCUAGCAUCCAGUUAGCUUAGCUCUGUGUAAAGACUAGAAACAUGAAAACUGCUAGCCUGACUCUGUCUAAAAGCAUCAAAUCUGCC